ACUGCACUUUCGCUGUAUCGCUGCUGAUAAACAGUGUCUCCCAUAGUAACCUCACAAACCGUACUAUCAUUGCCUCCACUGCUGCAGUUAUUACCGAUACCGAUUCACGUUAAAAAAAAUCAAACGAUAAACUCAAAACAUUAUUGCACUAUAAUCAAACUCACGCCCGCGAUGUCUUCCCUCAGCGCCAAGAUCGGACCGUCGAUUCUGAACGCGGAUCUCUCCCAACUGCACGAGGAAUCUCAGCGGCUACUGGACAAUGGUGCCGACUAUCUGCAUCUGGACGUGAUGGAUGGCACGUUUGUACCGAAUCUCACCUUCGGCCAUCCGGUUGUCAAGUGCCUUCGGAACAAAAUUAAGGAUGCUUUUUUCGAAACGCAUAUGAUGGUGCAAGCACCGCAGCAGUGGAUCGAACCGAUGGCCGAUGCCGGCGUCAAUCAGUACACCUUCCACAUCGAACCGGUGAUGGACAGUGUGGUGGACAUUUGUCGCAAGGUGCGGGAAUCGGGAAUGAAAGUAGGACUGGCGCUGAAGCCGGGCACGGCAGUUGAGGUUGUGAAGGAGUUUAUUCCCCUUGCCGAUAUGAUUCUCAUCAUGACGGUGGAGCCCGGUUUCGGUGGGCAAAAGUUUAUGAACGAUAUGAUGCCGAAGGUUCAGUGGUUGCGCGAGAACUAUCCCAACCUCGACAUUGAGGUCGACGGAGGGGUCGGCCUGGGUACGAUUGAUGCUUGUGCGAAGGCCGGAGCCAAUAUGAUCGUUUCCGGGACGGCAAUCAUUCGGGCCGACGAUCAAGCGGCAGUUAUUCGACAGUUGAAGCAUUCGGUUGAUUGCUCCAUCAAGCAUUGAA